AUGUCGCGAUACAUUGACGAAAUAAUAAGAUUGUCGAGUGUUCAUCAACUGCAGUCCCGUAAAGGCAAAUGGCUACUGCAAGUACUGCAUAAGGUUCUCACCUUACCUGAUGAUGCGCUGAAAGAUAAUACAGAGUUGAAACUGCGUCUCAACGAUAUCAUAACGGGUAUCGUUGAAGAUGGUGGUUGCGAUGCAGAGCUGUUGAUUGAUUCUCUCUUCAAGCAUCCAGUCUUCAGGUGA